GUUAAGUUUCCUCCAAAAGCUGUUAGUCGGUUACCGCUUCCGGAGUGAAGUUCAAGCGUCGGAGAUGGAGAGUGAAUCGGAGGACGACGGAAGGUUUAAUAUGUGGUUUUGGAAAAUGCCAUUCUGGUUGUUGAUGAUAAGCGCAUUUUCUGGAUUCUUUGGACUCCCACAUCAAUGAUUACUUCUUAUUUUUUGCUUUCUUCUUUUGGCUGCUAUAUGCUACUUUGUCUUGUGAAUGAUGGCUAUAAUAAUGAGUGCUUUAUAGCUAAACACAACCCCACCAAGUACAUUUGAUGCAUAAUUGCGGAUGACUAAUAUAUCAAACAUCAACUGUCUAAAAAAUCUGUGAUUUUUGCCAAGAAAAAAAGGAACCGUCUCAAGAAUACGUAGAAAAAGGAAAUGAACUGUUUAUUAAUGCUCUGCUUUAAUAUCUUGAGAAUUUUUCUUAGUUUAAAGAAAAUUUUUAUUAUUGUCACCUGCAGACUGCAGUUUGAUUGUUUUUCUAUUUAGUAUAGUCUUCUUUUUAUUUUUAUUUGUUCUUAUUGCCACCUACACUAAUUUUCUUCCUUUUUCCACUUUGGGUGAUAUAACGCUUAAUAUUUUCCUACAAUCUCUGUGCAUGUGGUAUUGUGACUAGUGAGUUCCAGAUAAAACAAUUAAACUACACACCGUUGUUAUAAAUCUCGCCUUAAUUGGAAACUUUGUUUUGCCAAAAAAAAAUUGAAUAGAAGGAACAAACCCAACAGUUAAUUAUUGAGACUACCAAGUUAGAUGUUUCAUAUUCAAACUUUGGGAUGUGUAGUUAGAAAUGGAGUGAUACAUGUAGCAUGAUAAGAAAAUUAUGUUCUGGUAUUUUAUCUUAUUUAUUCUUUUUCUCAAGUACAAGAAAUAUGUUCUGGUGUUUUAUUUGGUUUUUGUCUUCUAAAGCUAGCAGAUUAUACUAUUGAUUGAUGAGGGUCUUGCUGAAUUUAUCAAGACCAUGGGAAAGGUUUACCAAUGUGUAAUCUGGCAUUGGCCGCGAUGGAUUGUCAUCGAUGUCAUGCACAAUAUUACCAUCUAUUUUUGAUCGAGUAAAUUUGUUACAAUUUU